CUUUAUUUCCUCCUCAGAUCUUUUGGGACUUCAAACUUAAAAUCUGACAAACUAUUUUAGUCAAAGUUGCGAUCAAAGAACACAUCUGUUUCCGCUUUUCUGUAGUAUUUUUGUAACUGAUAGCAGGUUAUAGAAUUACUCAGUUUAGAUUUUAUUAAUUUUAUAUGUAUUGCCUUCCACAUAGACAUCAAAAUUCAUUUUUUCUUAUUAGGACCUUGCUAGAAACACAUGACCUUUCAACAUAAGUGAAUUAAUUGGACUUCAACUCAAAUCAUGAAAACAAAUGGCCUAUAAAUAGCAAAAAAUUACGAUAAAGGAAUUGUUUAAUGAUAACAAACACCAGUGCUAUGUUAGGCCACAUACUGUUACUCACUAAACAAUGUUUUUUUUUCUGCUGAAUUCUUUAAAUUUCAGUAUGAAGCUGGAUCUAAACUCGUCUAACAUGUCUGUGGUGUCUGCUGCUGUGAGGCCAGAGCAGGGCCCGGUGGAGUACCGCAUGGCAAGCCUGAUCUUCUACUGCUUCGUCUUCAUCAUAGGAGUCAUAGUCAAUCUCACUGCUUUAUGGGUGUUUGCCCUCACCACCAAGAAGAGGAACUCAGUCACUGUCUACAUGAUAAACGUGGCGGUGGUCGACCUCACCUUCAUCCUGCUGCUUCCUUUCAGGAUGGUUUAUCACCACCAUGACUACUGGCCCUUUGGAGAUCUUUUUUGCCGGAUCAGUGCAGCUCUCACCAUCUUCUACCCCUGCAUGGCCCUGUGGCUGUUUGCUCUGAUCAGUGCUGACCGCUACAUGGCCAUCGUCCAGCCAAAGCACGGCAAGGAGCUGAGGAAUGUCCCCAAGGCCGUGGUGGCGAGUCUUGGGGUUUGGUUCAUGACUCUGGGCAGCACUCUACCACUGCUCUUCCUUGACCACGACCCUGAUCGCAUCUCCAACUCCACCACCUGCGUCAAAAUGCAAGACAUCAUCUACCUGCGCCAUGACAACCUUGUCAACUUUGUGCGGCUCAUCUUCUUCUUCCUGGUCCCCAUAUGUAUAAUGAUUGGCUGCUAUAUUGUCAUUAUAGAUAAUCUGAUCCACGGCCGCACCUCUAAACUCAAACCUAAAGUGAAGCAGAAGUCCAUACGGAUUAUAAUCACACUCAUUAUCCAGGUGUUGGUGUGUUUUGUGCCUUUCCAUAUCUGUUUAGUGCUACGUUUGCUAGGGAAUGGAGAAGACGGGGGGUUUAGCACAUGGGCAGUCUUCACCACAUUUCUGAUGAACCUGAGCACAGUCUUAGAUAUCAUUCUGUACUACAUCGUCUCCAAGCAGUUCCAGGACAGGGUGAUGAGCGUGAUUCUGUACAGGAACUAUCUGCGAAGUGUGAGACGGAAGAGCAGGCACACACACACGGGCAGCGUCCGAUCAAUGAGCAACCUGACCAGCGCAAUGAUAUGAAACAGCCAUCAUUUCCAUGUCAAACAGCACGCCGAUAUGUACUGUGUACGCUUUGGAACAAUGCAACACUGAAUGCUUCACUGUGUACAUGGUUCAUUAUCAAAAGGAUCAAAACUAGCAAUUAAUUUCCAAGGUGUAAUUUACACUCACAGUAUGGGUGUGCUGCUGUUAUGGCAAAAACAUCUGUGUUCAGAGAUGAUUGACUCACCCAUGAGACUUGAAAUGUUUUCUGUGCAUCUUUGCUCUGGCAGACAAAGCGAGAGUAUCUGUGGCUCAGGUGUAACACAUGUAGGCGAAAAUAAAGCUCACAAUCAUUUAAAACAUA